GGUACAACUGUAAAUGAAACUGCGCGCGCAAGGUGUACGCUGGUCGCUGAACGAUGGCGUGUUUUGCUAUGUGAGCUCUAUAAACUCCCGUGAAAAUGUGUGUUUGAAGUGUUAUGUAGUAGAAUUAAUAGUUCAAAUGGUGAAGAUUUUAAGUGACGAUUUUUCAUUUAGCUAACAUCACUUAAUUUGGGAUAAUGGAGUUGAAACUACAUUCUCCCGCUGGGGCUGAACCCGUAUUAUAUACCUGGCCGUUAACCUCUGGUCGUGGAAACGAUAAGCAUGACGGAGCUAUUGAAAUUGUCGAAACUAUUAGGUGGGUUUGUGAAGAUCUUCCAGAACUUAAACUACCAUUAGAGAACAACAUACUCUGUGAUUAUGACACUCGAAGUUAUGAGAGUAUGAAAUCACUUUGUGAUAGAUUCAAUAGAGCCAUUGACAGUGUUGUGGCUUUGGAGAAAGGUACAUCAUUGUCAGCUCAUCGCACUGCUAACUAUCCAUCCAGAGGUUUAUUGCGACAUAUCCUUCAACAAACCUACAAUGCUGCAGUGACAGAUCCAGAGAAGUUGAACCAGUAUGAACCAUUUUCCCCAGAAGUCUAUGGCGAAACGUCGUAUGACCUCGUAUGUCAGAUGAUAGAUCAGAUUGAAAUUACGUCAGAUGAUGUAUUCAUUGAUCUCGGCUCUGGGGUCGGACAAGUUGUCCUCCAGAUGGCAGCGGCUACACCGUGCAAAAGUUGUCUGGGAAUCGAACGAGCAGAAGUGCCUAGUCGUUACGCCGAGAGUAUGAAUAGAAAUUUUCGUACUUGGAUGCAGUGGUAUGGAAAAAAGUAUGGAGAAUACAAACUUCUUAAAGGAGAUUUCUUGACAGAAGAACACAGAGAAAAAAUUAAUCAAGCAACUAUUGUUUUUGUUAACAAUUUUGCUUUUGGUCCUGCUGUGGAUCAUCAACUGAAGGAGAGGUUUGCUGAUUUGAAAGACGGCGCAAAAAUUGUUUCUUCUAAAAGCUUUUGUCCUCUAAAUUUUCGAAUAACGGACAGAAAUCUGAGUGAUAUUGGUACCAUUAUGCACGUAUCUGAAAUGUCGCCACUAAGAGGAUCAGUAUCGUGGACAGGAAAACCUGUUUCUUAUUAUUUGCACAUCAUAGAUCGUACCAAAUUGGAGAGAUACUUUCAGAGACUGAAGAAACCACAACUAAAGAACGGCGAAGAUGAUAAUUCGAAUUCGAAUUCAACUACCACCAGUAACAGGGGAGCAAGAGAUAGAGCAAAAAGAGAUUUAUCCAAACAACUGAUGGAUUCGUCUUCAGAUUCAGAUUUUGACGAUCCCGAUAGUAGUUUUGGACCAACAACACGAAAAGCUUGGUCUGACUAUUGUUCCGUUAAAGGCAAAAGCAGUCAGUCUGAAGAUGAAACGUCAUCAGCAAAGAAUAAACGUCAACCAAAGAAGUUAAGACGAAAGGUAAAUAGAGGUCCUAAAUCUGCCAUUCAACAGCAGCAAGAUAAAACUAACCAAAAAAUAGGGGCGAAACCUCGUAGAGGUCGUGUGAAGAAAGCCAAAACUAAAAAACAGAUAAAAAUAAAUGGAUUAGAUCUUUUACACAAUGAAACUCUGUUAAGUACUUCACCACAAGCUGCAGGAAAGAAACCUCCUCCAGCACCUGGCUGCGUUGAUCAAAAACUGACCACAUUAAGUUCAGAUCUAAUAGUGCACAAUGAAUUGGAUAUUCCUGAACAACCCGCAGAAACUCCUUAUGGUUUGCAGGUUCUUCUGGAUAUGUUCAAAGGUCAGUAUAUGCAAAUGCUACAUCACAUGAAAAAUCCGAAUUACAAAGUGAUGAUAGAUUCACAAAUUGAAGACGAAAAGGAGAGAAAUAGAAAGUUGAAAAGUCGUGCUGCACAAUUGGAAAAACAAAUUAAAGUUCUCAUUGAUGAUAGUGUGGCACUACUAAAAGCUAGGAUGUGCGAAUUAGGCAUUAAUGCUACUUCUCCUGUUGAUCUCUUAGCUAAAGCAAAGGAAAUUGUUUGUCGUCAUAAGGAACUUCAGGCGAAAGCUAGCAAACUACAAGGACAGGUAGCUAAUUUGGAGGCAGAAAGGGAUAAUUUGGUACUUCAAAGGCAAGCAGAAGUUUGUGAAAAAUAUGUUGGGUCAGUAGCUUCAGAUCUUUCCCCUAGUGUUGCCCAAGAUUAUAUAUUGAGAGAGAUAUCUUCAACUUUAGCACAUAGAAAGAAGCUUCAAAAUGAGGUAUCCAAAUUAGAAGGAGAUAUCAUUACUUUACAAAAAAGUGAAGAAAGGAAACAAGCACAGGUGCUAGCUGCCAGACAACAACAGCAGCCUGUGAAGGUCUCUAGAAAAUCCCGGGAGUAUAGAGCUCGUUCUCAAGAUUGGCCCGACGUACCAGACAUAGCAAAAAUAGAGGAACAAAAUCCUGAAAUUUUAGCACAGAAAAUUCUUGAGACGGGGAGGAAAAUAGAGGCUAGUAAAAUGUCUGCUAUUAACAAUAAAGUGCCUCAAAUACUUAGCAACUCCUCCAAAUCUUUGCAAAGCACAUAUAACCAUCAAAACCACCAAAAAUCAUUAGUACGUAAUAAUAUGCCUGCUCCUAUGCCUAUGACAAAACGACAGAAAACUACUCACAGUUAUCCAACUGGAAAUAUACCCAACGUUCAAAUCAACAACAAUAUUGUGAAGGGACAGGAACCACCUCGAUUAACAAAUUUUGAAGAUCGAUUGAAAAGUAUAAUCACUUCAGUAUUAAAUGAGGAUGUUCAAAAUAGACCUAAACCAAGCCAAGCACCCGUUCUUCAGUACAAUACUCAAGUGAAUCACGAGAGACAUUUAAAUUCAGAUAGACAUUUGAAUCAAGAUAGGCAUAUAUCACAUGACCGACAUUUCAAUCCUGAAAGGCAUUUGAAUACCGAGAGACAGAUAAACUCUGAAAGACACAUUAACUCAGAUAGACAUCUGCAUUCAGACAGACAUUCGAAUUCUGAUAGGCAUUUAAAUGUUGAUCGAAGUUUAAAUCCUGAGCAACCAGAUUACACCCAAGUCUCUCCAGCUAAAUUGGCGCUUCGUAGACAUCUUUCUCAAGAGAAAUUAGCACAUCAACAAUUGCCCUAUACACCUACAGAUGGAAUAUUGGCGACAAGAACAAUUGGGGACUUAAUGUCCGGUGAAAUUGAACGAACACUUGAAAUAUCCAAUCAAUCAAUAAUAAAUGCAGCAGUUGAUAUGAGUGAUAUCCAAGGUACUGCUACAUUGUCAUCUAGAUCAGUUGUUAAUGCAAAUUUGCCUCCCCGUCCAGAAAGAGUGAACGUUAAAGUGCCUAACUCAGAACCACCCCCUACACCUAAAGAUCCUGAACCAGUUACAAGACAGCAAGUGUAUAGUCCCAUUUCCCGACCGUCUUCCACUGAAGGACUUGAAGGAUUGGCCUACAUGCAUUCCCAUUCUAAAUAUGUAAACCCGCCCCAACCUAGUCCGAGGCAACAAUAUUCCCCUCGAACAACAGUUUUAUACCCUACACAACCUCGAACAAAUUCGGUUAACUCUACGUAUUCGAAUGACAUGUAUACACCUCUUCCUCGCGCUGAUAUCAAACCUUAUCACGAAUCCUACUUUAAUGACAUCAAAUCACCGGCCCGUGUAGAGCCCGAGUCUAGGAAUGGAUUUGUGGCAGAGGGCUUAGCUGCUACCUUGCAGUCAAGAGCACUUGGAGCUUCUAUAAAGGAAGAAGUUGAUAUGUAUGAGAGAAGACAAACUUUCGGUCAACAGGGUUUGAUGACGAACGCCACUGUGUACAUAGAACAAACUAAUAAUGUCAAAACAGAAAACAGCGAAGCUGCAUUUAAGCGAGAAUCGCCUAUUGUUCAAGAAGGAGAUGUCGACGUAGUUGAAGAAGAGAGUGAAGAAUCGAAAUGGCAAGAUCGAAUAUCUUCGGGCUUUGAUCGUUUGGUGGCAUUCGCUUCAACCGAGUUAGAUAAACGACGCAGGUCUACUGAAGGGAAUGAUAGUUGCAAUACUUCACCAGACUCUGGCAUCGGCCAUGGUCAUGGAGAUAUUCCCCCUAAUACUAUAGUCGCUCCUACAAAGCAACAGCUAAAGCUCAAUCCCAACUCCAAACCCACCCUGUUUAAAAUGCCCACAAGUAAGACGUACCUUGACUCUCCACCUAUUUCAGAACAAGGUACCGACGAAUUGGGCCCUCCUCGUACACCUUCUCCUUCUUCUCCUGUUCGCUCUAAUAGUUUAUCAAUAAACUUUAGUCCAGAACCAGUACCUGUUGAAAAAAGUCCCACUAGAUUGAACCCCGCGCUAUUAAAGUACCAGAGAUACCCCGAAGAUAAAAAAAAACACGAUACCCACUUCAAAAAGAAGUUUUACUACAGAGAAUGGAGGUAUGACAGUUGGACCAAGGAAGAAAGGAAUGAUUGUGAUUCCAUCUAAUGCCAAAAUUAUUUUAACUGCUAAGCAGGAAAGUCUAAAGUAUUUUCAGUCUUUAUUAUUUCAAUUCAAUUGAAAAUAGUGAAGCUUUAAGUUUUAAUGGCUGUUAAAAGCUGUAAGUUAAUGCAAGUAAUUGCAACUAUGCAUAAGGAUAAGUAUAAAUAUAGCAAUUGAAAUAAUGUAAAUAUUGUGAUAUUAGGAGCCUGAUUUCCCAUCACAUUGAGUCUGAAUUUACACCAAUUUUAAUAUUUUAAAAUUUUAAUAAGGUCAAAAAUAGUGAACAUUUUUUUGAUAAGGCAAUUAUAUCAGUGCAGUCUUUAGGGAUAGUUAUUAUUAUUAAUAAAAUAAGUCUAAACACAUUUUGAAUAGCUUUUAACAAUUUUUCUUAUCAACACAACAUAAUAUUAAGAAAUAGUUAUACAAAAUAUGAAAGAAUGUGAAAUAGGUGGAUAGCUGGAUUGAUAACAAGAGAAAAAUAUUAAUUUUCAGAGCAACAUAGGGUAUUGAAUAAUUUUUCUAAAUGUAUUUCCCUAUAUAAUAAUUAUACCUUUAAUUUGCAAUAGAAAAUAUAACAGAAUUCGUGUUGUUCACUUACUCACAUAAGAGAAAUAAGACCCGCACGAUAAGAAACGUGUAAUUUCUUAUAUCAUAUGAAGAGGAAAUGGCAUAUUAUGUCUCCGUCGCAGAAGCAUCAAGUAUUUUUUGUUGUUGAUGAUACUCAUAUGCAUUAUUUGCAAUGCUGUAUGGUUUUUAUAAAUAACUAUUAUAUUAAAUUAGCAGUUAGCUAAAAAAUAGGUACACACUUUACCAGAACCUUUCCAUUCGAUUUUCUUCAUCAUCCAGGGUAUUUCAUUGAGCUGGAUAUUUGGUUGCCUUGGUUUUGUUUGUAGACUGUUUGUUCACUUAGAACAUCAGUUGUAAGAGGAUGACAGUAAUUCCGAGAUAUUGGAUAUUAUACAGGGAAGUAACAGGGCUAAGGUUUAGGUGAGUAAGCAAAUGCACUAUUUUAUUGUCUAACCAGAAUAUGUUAAAUAGUACAUUUCAAAACGAGAUACGUUUUUACACUUUUGAUAUCAAUAGUAGCAGACAAUGGUGAUCAAUUUGUUGUGUUUUGCAAAAGUAGAUUCAAAUAUUGCUUUACCAUAUCCAUUUCCUUGAAACCUCUAAUUCCAAAAUGUGGACCCUAUUAAAAGAGUAGAUUCAAAAAUUGAAUCGAAUUUGGUUCCAUUUUUAAAAUUCACAUUUAUUUUGAAAAAAAUUCCUGAAAUUUAUCGUUGCAGUUAUUCAAAGCCCAAGAUUUAAUCUAAAAUGAUUAGUAUACUUGUAUAUUUAGGAAAUGUUGGAAAAAUUAUCUACCUUAAAAUAAAGUUGAGUUGCACGUAAUUCAUACUCAAUGGUGGAAGAUUUAAUUACAAAAAUGUUAUCAUUAAGUUAGUUUCAAAAAACUUAGAUUGACAUAUUAAAAAAGUUAUAAUGAAAUUGAACAAAUAAACUAAAAUUUGAACAAUAAUAAAAAAAUCCUCUACAUAUAGCAUACAUAUAUAUGUUUAGUUUACAUCACAAUAUUUCUGGACUUUCUAUUACUAAAACAAUUCCAAGCCAUGAUAGUACAACAACCAUUUUCAUAGUAGCUUCUGAUGCUCUCUGCUCUCUUUCCUUUCCUCCAAAAUUUUAAAACAUUUUUUUCCGUCAAGUUCGAUCGAUUUUGUUUGGUUUUUUGUAUAUCGCUACAAAUAAAUUUGUGGUUUCGAUUUGUUCUAUUCGAUUUUACCUUGAAGUUUCAGUUUUCAAUUUUUAGAAUAUUUUCUAAGAAUAAUAAAUUUUUGAAAAACUCGCAAUUUAUUGGAUGUGAUUAUACUUCUAUUACAGAUUCUUUGCUAUCAAAUAAACCGUUUACCUAACUAUUUAAUAUUAAAUUUUUCAUUCUCCUUAAUUAAACCUUUUCAAAUAAAAAUAUUAACAUUUCUAUUGAAAAACUUCAUACUUUUAGUUUUUGACAAAUAUUUUUAAUGUACAUUUACAAUAUGGUUCGUAGUUGAAAAUAUAAAUAGUUCCAUUUUAAGAUUAAGUAUAUUGGUUAUAGUCAAGCCAUAAAUGGGAGGCUAAAAACUAAAUAAAAUAAAUUGUUAAUUAUUGUCACAAACUAGGAAAUCUCUGAAUACCCCGAUAAUGAAUAAUCAAGUUUCAAAGUUUGGAAAUAAUGUUAGUAAGUGUUAAUAUGUUAUACAUGUAAAAUAGAAAACUCGAAUAGUAGAUUGACGCAUUUAUUCCAGUUUUCAGCAGAAACUAUUUUAGUGGCUUCUUGCAAGUAAUGUUGUGCUUCCAAACUUUCAAAUGUUUCAUGCCACUUGUCUUUUUACUGAUUCAUUUCAUGGGAUUUAAUUCGCAAUCUUAAUACUGCAAUUUCUUUAGUUUACGCAAUUUCAUCUACAGCAAAAUUUUUAUAUUUGUGAGUAAGAAGAUUUGAAAUGUUCAAUAAUAAGAAUACGAAUAUAAGAGAUAUAUUUCACUCUUAUACCACUAUCCGACUGCUUACAUUUUUUUUACACUCCGUUUGUGUUAUAAAUCUUUAAAAUAGGAUUGAGAUGAAACAAUGCAAGAUCGAACUUUCCUACAUUUAUGGUUCGACCACAGGUAGUUUUUGUACUAGUUUGGAAUUUGAAGUUAGUUUAUUACAAGUUCAAGGAAUCUUAUGAUUUCGAGUGAUUUUUGUGUAAUCCUAUAGUCAUUGGAGAUCAGCAUAGUGUAAUGCGCUCUAAUUUGAAUUUAGAAUAUAAAAUGUAUCAAUUUAUUAUCAAGUAGAUAUUACUGUUUUAAAAUCGUUAUUAACCAAAUAGACCUUUCAUAAUUGGCAUAUGUAUGUAGUAUUUAUUUAGGGGAAAUAAUUUUACCUUACUCAAGAAUUUUUUCUAGCUAUUAUAUUUGUUUGUUAAUUGAACAACUUCUUUGACAAGAAGAUUCCUCAGCUUUAAGAUUUUAUGGAAUUUUUAUGUUCUUCUAAUGAAGAAUGACGGAACUAGUUCAUUUGUUAAAUUAAAUGGUGAAAUUUUCUACUGGAUAUUGUUCAAUAUGAUAUAUGAAAUGCAAUGGUUUCAAAUCUUAACAUUUAUUGAAUUCAAUUUUAAAUAAAAAAAGAAUUAUUAAUUUAAAUAUAAAGAAUUUCAUUAAAAAAGAAAUAGGAAGAUGAAAAAUCAAAUAUCAUGAUAAAACAUCUCAUACUUACCUUUAAGCUGAAUUCUAGGAUCCCAAUUAUUAUUACUCACGAAUCUUUUACAUUGGAAAAUAUUAGUUUUAGAAUAAAUAUGUACCUGGUUUCAAUUUUUUUAAAAUCUGAUUACUGCCAUAUAAUGGGUGAGCUAUAUAAACAUCGUAUUGAAGUAUCAAGCAAUGGUCUGUUUUUAUUCAAAAAAUGUACUGUAGACUUUCACGCUUUUGUUGUUUUACUAAUAUGGUCAUAAAUAAGGCAGACUGUAAUUUUAAAAUGCACCAACGUUAGUUCUUGGGUGCAAGACAACGACUGCAAUUUUGUGUUCAAUGUUAAAUUUAGAAAAAACAUUAAUUUAAUUGGUAUAAUUAAUUUCAACUAUCAGGCGAGUCCAAAAUUUUGGUAACUUUUAAUUAGUUUCAUGUAUAUGUUUCACACAUCCCGUCAAAAAUAUUUUUUUGGUUUAAUCGAUCAUAUUUGUUCGUUGUUUAAAGUUAUGUAAUCAUGUAGAUAUUAAAAUCAUAUUUGAAAUCGAAAGUUAAUCAUUGAUGUUUUUAACUAGUUUAUAUAUUAUUGCAUGGACGAUAAAUAAUGGAAACCUUAUUCUACAGAGGUCCAACUUAGUUUCAUAUUAACAUUUUUUUAUGAGACAAUCUUCUAUAAAGUUUAUACACUAUAACUAUAAAAUUGAUAAUACAUGUCAUAUAUACAUACUCUUGGUUCAUACACAGAUUUAAGACUCCCCAAGUACACACCGUUCUAACUAUCAUCAUAAGUUUUUUACUGUCUUAUUGUUAUUAUUAUUAAAGAAUGAAACAAUUUGAAAAAUAAUAAACUGAAUAGACGAAGAUUAAAGCUAGUUUUUAAACCCGAUAAGAGCCUUUCGUAUUGGUAAUCUUCAUACGAUUUCCAAGGAAAGAUGGUGGUUUUUUAUUUUAAUUCAAGUUGACAGCUAAAGUCAAUAAUAUAUUAGAAAUUGAACUAAAAUUUAUAUUCAGAACCUUCCCUUCUAUACCUCUACUAGCAAGUUGAAGAAAUUUGCAAAAAAUUUACUACGAAUCGAGGUUGUUCACAAUAUAGGGGAUGGGAAUAUUAAAAUCGGAGGCCCAAACAUGUGCUACAUGAAAAACAUAGGCGAUGUGUAUAUAAGGAGUAUUUAAUCUAUGACUCAUACAACUAUUAGUCAUUUUAACUGUAACAAACUACUUUUUCACAACAUUUGACAGACAAAUAAUUUAAAAAUAAUUGCUUUUAAAUUUUCAAAAUAGAAACUCAAUGACUUAAUUUAUGCCUAACUAAACUAUACGUUUUCAGUAAUAAUGCAAAUUAUCCUUAAUAAUUUUUUCUUAUUUUUGUUUCCAAUUGUUGGUUAAUUUUUUUUCACACUGCGAUUUCCAUGAUUUGUGUUUAGUAUACCUAAAAAAUCAAGGUUCUGACUUGUUACCUUUAAUAAUACUUUCCAUUUCAACUUACAUGAUGUUAAACCAUUGUUACAUGAACUUCUAAUAAACGUUAUAAAAGUUCAAGUCAUGUUGAUCGAUAGUACAAGUAUUGAAAGUGGUAUUAAGGGUUUCCAAAUAUUUGGGCCACCCUGUAUAAGCGAAUGAUGUACAAUUGUAUUCAUUAUCACUGCCUUUAACAAGAUUCAUCUCGUAUUGCUUCUAAAUUAUUGCAUUUAAUUUAUUCAUGUAUAAAAAUUGUAUAUUAUUUAUAAUAUAAAAUGUACAUAUAACCUAGAUAUAAUUGAAAAAAUUUAGUACAACUUUUGUAUAUAGUCUUAGAUCAUUUUUAGACAUUUAGGUAAAUUAAUAAUACUGAGUAUUUCCAAUUUGGAGUUUUUUCAGAAUUAGGGCAUACAUGGUAGCAGUAUAGUUAAGUUACUCAUUAAAUAAUUUACUUUGUACAUAAUAUUUUUUGUGUACAAGUAUUUCUACUGCCACUUUUAUCUAAGUUAACCAUUCAAUGAAUUCUUGUCACAAUUUUGAAGGUUGGCAUUUUAAGUUUUAUUUUUAUUUCUUAUCAGUUAUGUUGACACUAAAAAAUACUUUUGUGUUUCUUUAUUAGCAAACCUUUUAUUUAAAUAUGUAUCAAAAGUGUUCCGAGAUAUUUAAUGUAACAUAUUUUGAAUUUCACCUUCAGUUUUGUGAUAGUUCUAACACAGUUUUAAAUUAGUAUAAUUUCAUUUCGAUUUUAAGUCUAAUUGGAAUAGAGUCUGCAACUUUUGUGGCAAGUGUUUGAAAGGUUGGCUUAUUGAGAAAAUUAUAUUGUAUCCUUUACACCAGUUGUGACCAUUUAUUUGUGUGAGAUGUACAGAGUAAACUAAAAGUUAUGUUGAACAAUGUAAGUUUUUAUUUUAUUGAAACGCAUUUAGCCAGUUUAAUAUAUUUAUGCGCUUUAUGAUGAUAAGGUUCACUUAUUACUUUUUCAUUAUUUUUCCAAUUAUCAUUGAUGUGGACGAAAAAUGACGGAAUCUUAAAAAGAACAUGUUUUUUUUGUGGUUUUAUGUUUAUUGUUUUAUCUAAUGUUUAUUCAUUGAUUUAUGUAUUGUCACGUUUAUUUUUGAGUUUUAUGUUACAACCCUUAUAACAAUAUGAUUUUCGUUAUAAUAAAAGUUAUCCAAUUUCCUUUUUGGUUUAAUUACAUACUAGUUUACCUCACUAGAACAACCAAAUCAUCAUAUGCAUCAUUAUUUCUGAAGAUAUUUGCCAUGGAUUCUUAAUUAAUAUCGACUUUUCAUUUUAUUUCAUUUAUAUUUGGAAUUGGAAAUUCUUUGAUUGUAUAAAAGUUUAUUUAUUGGAAAACAUUUUGUCCUCAUUUACAGAUACAGAAUAUGUGCAAGUUAAAUGUUGGAAUAUAUAGUUCAUAAAAGCAACAACAUCCCUGACUAGUUUUAAUGCGGAAUGUAUUGAAAAAUGUUCCAAAUAAUUUCUAUCUAUGAAUGGUAGUACAUUAUUUAAUCUGGGUUUUAUCACACGCAAUGAAUUUAUGUUGAUAAUAAGACUUACUUUUACUAAGCAAUUUUAGUUGUUUUUGCUGAUUAUUUACUCUUCCUAACUCCUAUUUAGAGUAAUGGUAUAUUUGUUAGCCUGGAUUCUUCUCAGUGUUCUACUGGGAAUACUAUACUGAUAGAACAAAAACCAAAAUAAAUUUCAAUAAUAGUAGCUGAGCAUGGUUUUGAUCAUGCAGUUAUGAGUGUAAUGCUGUGAGCUUUGAAUAGAUACAUACAAUGUCGGUCAAAGUUGACUGUUUAAGGAAUAUGUAGAAGAUUAUGAACUGCAUACUCUGGUUUUUAGUUGCAUCUCCGUGAAAAUAUAACUGUAAAAGAUUUAAAAAGUUGAUAUUCGUAUUAUAAAUCAAUGAAUAGAUAAUGCUCCUAGAGCAAGAAAACAUCUUUUUCUAGUGUGAACUAGUUAUUUUAUUAUUAUUAUUACACUAUUUGGGAUUACGCCCUUGCAAGGAUAAUAGGCUAGAAUGAUACAGUAUAAAAAGUUUUUUUUUAAUUCUUAGUAUUGCCUCUAUUUUUUGUGUUUCGAAGAUGCGUACGUUUCUUUGUGCUUUAUGAUGUGAAGACAGUAGCUUGAAAAUAUCCCAACAAUAUUUUUAUGUCUAUUAAAAAUAAUAAUUAGUAGGUAAUGCUGCCUAUCGAUAGUGUCACAAUGUUUAUUUAAAUCAAGUUCAUGGUACCUUACUUUACCAUAAAGGGUUGCGUGGAAUUUACCAGAUUAUUUAAUAAAAUAAAUUACACCAAAAUUAUUAUUUACUAUACAAAUAUUGUACUUUAUAUGACUUAAUUUAUGCAAUUCUUACACUAUAUGAUAUGGACGUAUUAAUAUCCUUAAAAAUAAGCUUCAGGUUUUGUCGAUGUUAAUGUUGCUUAUUAGAUUUUUACAUCUUGCAUGUACAAAACGAUGUGAGAUCCUUUUACCAUCAGUGUAUCUAUACCUGAGAUACUCUUUAUAGUAAGUUAUGAAUGAUACUGAGACAAUUUAUAGGAUAAUUCAGUUUGGGACGAAUAUUGCCAAGUAGGUCAGCCUAUAUUAUAAACAUAAACUAAAAUUCUAACCAACCAUAUCAACGAGCUGACUAUGAAUUUAUAGUCUCAAUGUUUGUGAAAAUAAUUGAAGCAACGAAUUACAUAGAAAAAAUAUUUGGAAACAAUCAUAGCGCGACGAUUUUUGAAAAAUAAUUGUAUGGUUUACUCUGUACAUUAUUUAUUGGUAAUAUUCUUGUGCUUAUUUCUAUUUUAUGUUUUCUGUUAUAGUUUUAACUUCAUUACAAUUUUUGUCAUUAUGUUGUUAUAAUUACUUAUGUCAUAGUCUAUUUUUUUAGUGCUAUAUUAAGAUUUUUUAAACAGUUCUGUUUCUUAAAUUUUAUUACAUCGGCUUAUAUUCAGUUUGUUAUACUUUUCACAUUUUCUUUCCAUUUUUAUUAGCAAUAUCUAACCAAAGGAGAAUUUUGCCAAGUCUUAUUACAAAAUACUAAAAGAUAGAAGCGUAUGACAAAAUUUAUACGUUAAGUUUAUUUAUGAAAAUGGCCAUCAAAUCUUUUAAAACGUUGAUAAAUUUUAUAAAUGUUCAUAGUGCCUAUAAUCUAUUCCAAAAGAGAGAUAGACUAAAGGUUCAUAAUAUCUAUUUAGAGUAUAUGUCAAAACUGCUCUUUAAUAAAGAUGUAGUUAGUAUAAUUUAUGAGGAACAAAUUUGCCAGUGACUCCAAUAUUAAACUUAUAUUCGUUGUAAAUACAAUCUUACACUUUGAUCAAUAAAUUCUGAAAAUUCUUUUUUCACCGAGAAAAAAUAUUUUUUAGAUCCCAUGAUCAUGAAAUCAGUUAUCCUCAUGUUUGGAAAAAGUAAAUAUAGGUAUGUUCUGUAUAUGAUAGAAAGGAACCAUUAUGCCAAAAAUAAUUGAUCAUAAUAAAGUAUUUACGAUUUUGGUUUGUUGAUAUCUUUGAACUGCCAGAAUUUUAUUUAAAUCUGAUGAAAACGAUAACGAUCUUACUAUCUGAUAGUUUUUGAAUUCGGUAUUUUUGUUAAUUAAGAUCUCUUUUUUUCUACACAAUUUACUUGAAAUGUAAUAACAGAACAAUUUCCUGUAGAAACUGCUAAUACUUAAGAUAUUCAUAAAAUGUAGCUUGAAUAAAUUUUUUUAAAUAUUAAAAUCACCGCUAUAAACUAAGUUUUAUUCGAAGAUUAUAUAAUCCUAAUUCUGGAACCUAUUCUAGAUUGUUUUCUAGGAUAUAUUUUAUUACAUUUUUUCCAAUAAACGUUCAUGAAUAAUCACCUUACCUGAAAUUUGCUUUUGUAUGGCAUAUUAAGUAUUAACGUUUUUUUCCUGAGUAAUUGUGUGUUGUCUAAGAAGAUACUCCACACAGAUUUUAGAUUAAAUUUAUUAUAAAUGUAAUUGAGCGUCAUUUUUUGUCACUCAUCGGACAUAAUCUUACAGAAAAUUGAUGAAAUUUAAAUAUAUUUUUAUCAACAAAAGUGGAUGAUGAUAUUAUCUUUUAAGUAUAAUAGUGACUGUACUUGUAUUGGAAUGGAUAUGUAGAUUUUCAAUAUUUUAACGGAUUUGAUUUAACGCCUAUUACCUACAAGGAGAGAAAUUCUAUUUAGGUAUUGAUUUGGUUUGAUUUUCUGUAGUUAAUAGUUAUUAUUAUGAGUAAAAUAACUAAAUCGUGUUUCAAACACCAAAGUUGCAAUAUAUUCUGAACUGAAGAUUCAUUUUGUAUUUUUAUUAUCAUUGAAAUACAAAAUCAGCAACACAUAUUUUUUUGGAUAACCAGCAUAACUAUUUUGAAUGUGAAUAAGUCUAGGAAUAGAUUGUAUGUUAUAUGUAUUGAAUAAGUCGGUAAAUAUGGUAUCACCUACUGCCAAUUAUUUAAUAAAUAUGUAUAUGU